AUGAAAGCCUUUAGCAGCCCCAGCAACUCCAGCACCAUCACUGGCUUCAUCCUCCUGGGCUUCCCCUGCCCCAGGGAGGGGCAAAUCCUCCUCUUUGUGCUCUUCUUCAUUAUCUACAUCCUUACUCUCAUGGGCAAUGCUUCCAUCAUAUGUGCUGUGUGCUAUGAUCAGAAACUUCACACCCCCAUGUACCUCCUGCUGGCCAACUUCUCCUUCCUGGAGAUCUGGUAUGUCACCUCCACAGUCCCCAACAUGUUGGCCAACUUCCUCUCUGAAAACAAGGUCAUAUCUUUCUCUGGAUGCUUCAUGCAGUUCUAUUUCUUCUUCUCCUUGGGUUCUACAGAAUGCUUUUUCCUGGCAGUCAUGGCAUUUGAUCGAUACCUUGCCAUUUGCAGACCUCUACAUUAUCCUUCUCUCAUGACUGGGCGCCUCUGCAACAUCCUUGUGAUCAGUUGCUGGGUGCUUGGUUUCCUCUGGUUCCCUGUUCCCAUCAUCAUCAUCUCCCAGAUGUCCUUCUGUGGGUCCAGAAUUAUAGACCACUUCCUGUGUGACCCAGGCCCUCUGUUGGCCCUCACCUGUGUGAGAAAUCCUUUAAUUGAGAUGACUAGCUCUACUUUAAGUUCCCUGCUUUUAUUUGUUCCAUUUCUUUUUAUCAUGGGGUCUUAUGCUCUAGUAAUGAGGGCUGUGCUCAGGGUCCCUUCAGCAGCUGGACGAAGAAAGGCCUUCUCCACUUGUGGGUCACACUUGACUGUGGUUUCUCUUUUCUAUGGCUCAGUUAUGGUCAUGUAUGUGAGCCCAACAUCUGAACACGCAGCUGGAGUGCAAAAACUCGUGACUCUGUUUUAUUCUGUGGUUACUCCACUCCUUAAUCCUGUGAUAUACAGUCUGAGGAACAGAGAUAUGAAACAUGCAAUGAAAAAGUUACUGAAAAUGUAA